CUCCUCUCCCCGAGCCCCGCGCCAUGGAGGGCGUCGAGCCCCGUGCGCGGCCGGAGCGCCUGGCGGAGGCCGAGGCGCGGGCGGCCGAUGGCGGGCGCCUGGUGGAGGUGCAGCUGAGCGGCGGCGCCCCGUGGGGCUUCACCCUGAAGGGCGGCCGCGAGCACGGCGAGCCUCUGGUCAUCACCAAGAUUGAAGAAGGAAGUAAGGCUGCGGCUGUGGACAAGUUACUGGCUGGAGACGAGAUCGUCGGCAUCAACGACGUCGGCCUGUCGGGGUUUAGGCAGGAAGCCAUCUGCCUGGUGAAGGGGUCGCAUAAGACCCUGAAGCUGGUGGUGAAAAGGAGGGGUGAGCUGAGCUGGAGGCCUCACUCCUGGCACGCCACCAAGUUCUCCGAGAGCCAGCCUGAGAUGGCAGCAUCUCCGUUCUCCGCCAGCACCUGCCCCUCUUGGCCUGGCCGGCACCACACCAGCUCUUCCUCCCAGGACCUGUCGGGGGCGUGGGAGCACACGAAUCUGCAGCGCACCUCUGACCACUUCAGCUCCCUGGGGAGUGUGGACAGCCUGGAUCAGCCUGCCCAGUCCUACCCCGCCGGGUGCCUCUCAGCCGCCAAGUCCAACAGCAGCAUCGACCACCUGGGCGGCCCAAACAAGCGGGACUCAGCUUACAGCUCGUUCUCCACCAGCUCCAGCACACCUGACCACACCCUGCCCAAGGCGGAUGCCUCUUCCACCGAGAACAUUCUCUACAAAGUGGGCCUCUGGGAGGCUUCCACGAUGGGCAGCAGCCGGCAGGGCCUGGCCGCCGGUGACCCUCAGGGCCUGGAGGAGAGGCUUGGGUGCUUCCCACCGAGGGUCCCCUGUGACAGCAGCAGAAGCCCCAUGACCGAGGACAGUCCUGAGCCCAAGCUGGCUGCUUCUGGGAGGUCCAGCUUUGGGCCAGUCUGGUAUGUUCCCGAUAGGAGAAAAGCCCCUUCUUCCCCUCCCCGGCCCCCUCCCCCUCUCCGCAGUGACAGCUUCGCUGCCACCAAGGGCCACGAGAAGCCUCAGGGCCCUCCAUUCUCAGAGGCGGCCACCAUCCAGCACUUUCUGGGCCUGAACCGUGCUCAGCCCCACGGCGACUGGAGACCAGAACUGACUGAUCAGCCACAGAGAGCGGCACUCCCCGGGGACAGGAGGAGAACUGGGAGCUCGGGCUGUGCGCCGGGUGGACCCGUGGACUGCGGAUGGCCAUUUGGGGACAGUGGGCUGAAGGGCCUCCCGGGAGCUCCCAGUCGGCUCCAGGCCUCCCUGUCCAGCACAGACGUCCGCUGCCCGCAGUCCUCGAACGGAUGCCAGCACCCGCGUCACUCCAGCGAUGAGAGUCCCUUCCUCCACGAGGGGCCCAGGGCCACCACGUGGCUCAGGGAACAGCCUCCCGCUGAGCGCUUCCAGAAUGACAGCCCCACGGCGGUCGGGUGGCCCGGCGCCGCGGACCACAAGGGGGACAGCGAUGUGCAGAGCCGCUACUACUGCGUGACCUCCAGACGCGGCCCACAGGGGGGCGCCCCCGCCGCACAGCUCCGGGAGGGGCACCCGCGCCCGGACGCAUCCGCCGGCGCCGGCCUGCAGCCGCGCUGCCAGCCGCCCCGGCACGAGGGGGCCCUGGGGACCCGGCCGAGAGGGCGGGCUGCGCCGAUGGAGGGCUGCUGCCCAGGGGCCGAGGAACCCCCCGGCGCCAGCCUGGGGGGAAAAGCCGGUGUAAAGAAGGUCACAGGAGGCUUCGCUUGGGCCGACGGGGGCGGCGGUGAGAUCUGCCCCCUGCAGACGCCGCUGCUGCACUCGCUGAGCCGGGAAGGGGCGCGCCGGCCCGACACCAGCUGCGAGGGCGCCUCAGAGAGGCCACCGCCCGAGGCCCCGGCCGGCAAACCCCUGCGGAGAAGCGACCGGUUCGCCACCACCCUGAGGAACGAGAUCCAGCUGCGGAGAGCCCGGCUGCAGAAGAGCAGGAGCACGGCCACGCUGGCCGACCCCGGCUCGACGGAGGCAGAGGAGGCCGAGGCCGAGGUGCGUGGCUGGGGGGCGCAGCUUGGCGGUGGCGUGGGGGCCACCCCUGGAGCUACCUUCACUGGCACCUAUAAGGAUCACCUGAAGGAGGCCCAGGCCCGCGUCCUGCAGGCCACGUCGUUUAGGCGCCGCGAUUUGGAGCCCAGCCCGGCGGACCCCGAAACCGUCCCCUGCGUCUGGGAGGCAGCCCCAGCCAGGCCGCCCUCGUGCGCUGCAGGCCCUCCCCACGCUCCGCGCAUCAGGGGCCGGAGGCGCUUCACGGCCGAGCAGAAACUGAAGUCCUACUCCGAGCCCGAGAAGAUGCACGAGGUGGGGCUGGCGGGGGAUGACCGCCCACGCCAGCACCCUGGACCUCCGGACAAGGCUGUGCGCACGUUUGCAGACAGGUGCAAGUUUUUUGAGGAAACCAGCAAGCCUGUUCUGCAGUGGCCUGGGCAGAGGCCAGCGCCUGGUGAGUUCCCCAAAGAGAUGCCAGAGAGGCCACUGACAGCGGGCCCUGGAAAAUUGGGACAGGUGGGGAGAUCAGACCCGCCUCAGAGACUUGGGACCUUUGCAGAGUAUCAAGCCUCGUGGAGGGAACAGAGGAAAGCCCCGGAAGCCAGGAGUUCUGGGAGGUACCACUCCGCGGACGACAUCCUGGACGUGGGUCUAGACCAGCACGAGAGGCCACAGUACAUCCACGAAAGGUCCCGGUCGUCGCCCUCCACCGACCUCUACAAGCAGGAGGCAUCCGUGGGACGGCAGAGGCAAGCAGCGGACCCCGCUGAACACAGAGAGCUUUCCUCCUCAGGCUGGGCCGAGGAGGGACAUCCCAGCCCAAGACGAGCGGAUGCCCGGUGUGCAGAGGACAGUCCAGGAGCACCGCGGGGCCCGCGGAAGCCGUCCCCGGACUCUGAGCCACCUCGUGCCCGGGAAGCCCCUGAGGGGCCCUGGGAGGGCCGCGGCCGAGCGGGGACCCUACCUCGCGACUACAGAUACUCGGAGGACCCCGCGCGGGGGCAGGACCCCCGGCCCCAGAGCGCCGCCCCGCUGGCCAGGAGGCCCGCCCCGCAGCGGCCGCCGCCGCCGCCGCCGCCCAAGCGCGAGCCCAGGCCCUUCCUUGCGGCCGCCCCCGGCAGGCCCGUCCCCCGGGCGGCCCCGGAGCUGGGCCCCGACCGCCCGGCGCCGUCCCGCAGCCCCUGCGCCGCGGCCGGGAAGCCGGGCCGGGAGCCGCGCGCCCCCGCCGAGCCGGGCCGGCAGCAUGUAGACGAGCGCGCAGCCUGCCCGAGGCGCGCGCCGCUCGCUUCCCGCUUCCAGCCCCCGCACGCGGCGGCCAUGGAGACCUCGCGCUCCCCGUCGCCUCAGUUCGCGCCCCAGAAGCUGACGGACAGACCCCCCCUGCUCAUCCAGGACGAGAACGCCACCAGAAUCGAGCGGGUGAUGGACAACAACACCACGGUGAAGAUGGUGCCCGUCAAGAUCGUGCACUCGGAGAGCCAGCCCGAGAAGGAGAGCCGCCAGGGCCUGGCCCGCGCCCCGGAGCCGCCCGCGCUGCCCAGUGGGCUGGAGCGCGACCAGAUCAAGACGCUGAGCACGUCGGAGCAGUCUUACUCACGCUUCUGCCUGUACAGCCGCCAGGGCGCCAAGCCCCCGGCGCCCGGUGCCCCGGAGCCCCCUGCCAAGGACAGCCGGGCCUCCCCGCCGGCUCUGGGCUACGUGAAGGCCAAAGAGAGGACUGCCGAGGACCUCAAGUCGGAGGAGCUGGCCCGCGAGAUCGCGGGCAAGGAUAGGUCCCUGGCCGAGAUCCUGGACCCCAGCGUGAAGAUCAAGACCACCAUGGACCUGAUGGAAGGCAUCUUCCCCAAGGACGAGCACCUCUUGGAGGAAGCCCAGCAGCGGAGGAAGCUGCUCCCCAAAAUCCCGUCUCCCAGAAGCACGGAGGAGAAGAAGGAGGAGCCGAGUGUGCCGGCGGCCGUGUCCCUGGCCACCAGUUCCGCCUACUACAGCACAUCCGCCCCCAAGGCAGAGCUGCUGAUUAAGAUGAAGGGCCUGCAGGAGCAGCAGGAGCCCGAAGAGGAGUCAGGCAGCGGCUUGGACCACGACCUGUCCGUGAAGAAGCAGGAGCUCAUCGAGAGCAUCGGCCGCAAGCUGCACGUGCUGCGCGAGGCCCGGCAGAGCCUGCUGGAGGACAUCCAGGCCAACAGCGCGCUCGGGGACGAGGUGGAGGCGCUCGCCAAGGAGGUCUGCAAGCCCAACGAGUUCGACAAGUUCCGCAUGUUCAUCGGGGACCUGGACAAAGUGGUGAACCUGCUGCUGUCGCUGUCCGGCCGCCUGGCGCGGGUGGAAAACGCCCUCAACAGCCUGGACGACAGCACGCCCCCCGGAGACCGGCAAUCCCUGCUCGAGAAGCAGCGGGUCCUGAUCCAGCAGCAUGAGGAUGCCAAGGAGCUGAAGGAGAACCUGGACCGCCGGGAGGGCGUCGUGUUCGGCAUCCUGGCCGGCUACCUCAGCGAGGAGGGCCUGGCGGACUACGAGCACUUUGUGAAGAUGAAGUCGGCCCUCACCAUCGAGCAGCGGGAGCUGGAGGACAAGAUCCACCUGGGCGAGGAGCAGCUGCGGUGCUUGUGGGACAGCCUGCAGCCCGACAGAGGCAAAUGAGGGGCCUCCCUGGCGGGGAUGGAAGCUGGGCCUUCCAGCUCUGGCCCUGGGGACGCGAGCCACACCCCAGCCUGUGUUUGUGUCCUGUAGAGAGACCUCCCCCCCCAUAGCGUCAGGAGGGCAGUAACUUGUGCGUUUCCGUUUGCCGUGAUGUAUGUCAUGUUGCAGUUUCCCGCCUGAAUGCUGAGCAGAGCAGCUCCCUGCCAGCUGCUCCCUUUAAGCAGCCACAUGCGGGGCCGGGCUUUGGUGCAGGGUGAGCUCCCGCACACAGCGGGGGCGCUGGGCCUGUGGGGCACACACGGGGCCCCCGCCGGCGGCCGGUCUGCCCUGCCUCCCAUCCUCGAGCACUGAAACCCCCCACCUUGGGGGGCAACCGGGUGAGCCUAGGAAGGUGCGUGAGAGGGGAAGCCUGGUGCACGUGCCCUCCUGUGACUCACCUGUGAACUCACCCGGGCUGUUGUGCUUUGCUGUUCGUCCAGAAGGGUUGAGCAUCCAUUGUGUCUGUCAUAUAGUGAUGACCUGUGUUCCAGCAAAAGCCAUGAACAUGACGGCGAGGAUAAUCAGCAUGUUAGGAAGGUGACUGGUUUCCAAGUGAUUAAAACCCAGCGGUGAAACCAGCAGCCGACGUGUUGGCUGCCCUCACUGUGAAGUCGCGCUGGAACAGGUGGCGUGCCUGCUUUAACCCGCGCACGGAGCAGACAGCUUUAGUCCUUGUCAUCUGACGUCGCGGUGCAAAUGACAGUUUCCUGCACAGUGAAGUUACGUGGGUUGAAAGUGUGUCUGCCAGUAACACGCUUCCUGCAUAUUUGUUUCGCAGGACUAACGGCGUACUUCGCAAAUGACUCUCUCCGUGUGUGUAGAGUCACUAAUGGUAGCUGGAAACUUCUCUCUCUCUGCCUCUCUCGGUCUGUUACCGGGCCGCAAGGGCCACAUUCCGUUUACUUGUAAGAGCCUUGCCUCUGGUUUUUCAGAGGUCCUGGUGGACUAUACAACAUCUAAACCUGAUCUUUUUCUGCCAGAGAAUUCACAGGUUCUGUACCCUUUUUAUUGGUUGAAAUUGCAAGAUUCCUUAAAACAACAACAGAAAACACUCGUGUUGUCAUUUUCCAGUGAACAAGUCACAGGCCAGGGGAAGAUAUCUGCAAAUCGUGUACGUGACAGACAAUUUGUAUCCAGAAUGUAUAAAGAAUUCUCAGACUUAACAGUAAGAAGACAAACAGCCCUGUGAAAACGUGGGCAAAGGAUCUAAAUAGAGACUUCACCAAAGAGGACGUAUGUGUGUGCAUGGCAAGGGAGCACACGAAAAGCUGUUCACCCCACCGUGGCUUGCUCACAACCUCCCUACUUCUCCCCGUUCGCUGAGGACCUGGUGUGUGUCCUCGCAAUGCCUGCCUUGUUAGAUGCAUGGUUAACGGCGGGAGAAGAGCCUAGGAGAACUUCACAUCGAGGUGAUGUUUGGACAUUGGUUUGACAGGAGGGGUCAUUUUAUGGCUCAUUUCCUGUUAGCUCCGUGAAAGAACUUUUCCAGCAGGUGGAGCUGUCCCUUUGUCAGCAGUGACUGCCGCCUUACCAAAACAGACACACACACAUCUUAACGGACGCUAGUCCACCCUAGGGGAGGCAGACGGGGCGAGCUGGACUCCCAGGCUGCUGCGUGGCUGUCCGUGUGCCCCGUAGACGGGGCCAAACCGUAGCUUCAGCAGUGCGGGCGGUAAACACUCCUUUGGCAGCCCCACACCAAGCCAAAGACAGAGAUGCCUUUCCACAGUUUUUAUUCCUAUUAAGCUAUUUCUGACUUGAAAAAUGCCUCUUCUGCCAAUGAAGUGUCCUCUUCCUUUUCCACCUGGAGUGGUCACUGGCUGUGAAGACUGAUCACAUCAGAAAAGGGAAAGCUGGCUGCCCACCGACACCCGCUUCCUGCCUCGGGGAGACAACCAUGGUGAUUUCAGUGUAUUUUGUUUUUAAUUUACACAAAGCUUUUAUCUCUGAUUCUCCCCCCACUUAGAGUAUUGUGAUCGUUUUGCUAUGUCGAUAUAAUGUGGAAGUAGAACUUGUGUGUCUGUAUCCGGCCUUCGGUGUCUUUUGAGAACUUUCUCCUCUUUGUAGCAAUACACAGUGCUCUGUUCUUUAGGGAAGCACGUAUUAUCACAACGGCCCUGUCUGUUUCCCUGUCUGCAUCCUAAAUGUCUGGUUAGCGGGGACCCAAAGAUUCUGCUGAGUCAAUGUACAUAACUUUGUUUUUCUAUGCCACAGUAUAAGUAUAUACAAUCUGGUGCUAAUGUUUUGCCCUUGGCAUUCCUGGGUGGUGGCCGAUUCCUCACCCUCUGUUGUAGCUCAGGUGUGGGGCUCUCUGUAUAGCAAGAUUUCCGUCAGGGGUGUCACCUGUGGCUUUUAUCCCGCCGUCCACCGUGGCAAGUGUAUACAGACUUCAUGCUCAGCACUCACCACUGAUCUCUCGACAGGUCAUCCUGUUUGACUUUAACAAAAUAAAUGUUGUCUUUCAGUGAA